UCAAUGGGGCAACAGAAUCUAACUUCAACCACAGAAUUCAUUCUCAUGGGAGUGACAAGAAAUCCCAAGCUCCAGUUUCCCCUUUUUGGAAUCUUUCUCAGCAUCUAUACAAUCACAGUGGUGGGCAACCUGGGUCUAAUCAUCUUGACCCAGGUAGACUCCCAUCUCCAUACACCUAUGUAUUUUUUUAUCAGACACCUUACUUUCUUCGACCUCAGUAACUCAACUGUCAUUUGUCCCAAGAUGCUAGUGAACUUCGUUUUGGAACAAAAUACAAUUUCCUAUCAGGCCUGUGCUACUCAGUUGGCUUUCUUUCUUUUGUUCAUCAUCAGUGAGUUUUUCAUCCUCUCAGCCAUGGCUUAUGAUCGCUGUUUGGCCAUCUGCAAUCCUCUGCUCUACAAUGUUAUCAUGUCCCAGAGACUUUGUCACCUGCUGGUGGCCAUCCCAUACCUCUACGGUACCUUUCAGGCACUGCUGUUCACGAUUAAGAUUUUCACCCUGACUUUCUGUGGUUCCAACAUCAUCAGUCAUUUCUACUGUGAUGAUGUCCCCUUGUUGCUGAUGCUCUGCUCAAAUGCACGAGAGAUAGAACUGUUGAUCAUAUUCUUUUCAGCGUUAAAUUUGAUUUCCUCACUCCUGAUAAUCCUUGUGUCCUAUGUACUGAUUCUGGUGGUCAUCUUUAGAAUGCAGUCUGCAGAGGGCAGGAAGAAAGCUUUCUCCACGUGUGGGUCUCAUCUGACAGUGGUGGUUGUAUUCUAUGGAUCUCUACUUUUUAUGUACCUGCAGCCCAAUUCCUCUCACUCCUUUGAAACUGAUAAGAUGGCUUCUGUGUUUUAUACUUUAGUGAUUCCCAUGCUUAAUCCCUUGAUCUACAGCUUAAGGAACAAAGAGGUCAAAAACGCCUUCCACAGGGUCAUAAAGAAGCUUUGCAGACUUUGUUCCUAG